AUGUCACAUUUGAACCACUACCCCGAAGAAUCCUACGCGCUAACGGAGAAUGGCCAGCUCCACGAUACGAACAAGUACCACACUACGCAAUACCAGGACGGCAGCUCCAUCGACUGGCUGUAUGAAGAAUCCCUAGAACGAGAACGGACACAGGCGCAGCGCUCACAGCACGGUAUACGCGGCCUCCUCCUUCCAUGGAUCGACUCGGCUCGAAUGUGGCUGGUGGUAGUCUUGACUGGCAUUGGAAUAGGCCUUGCUGGAGCAUGGCUAGACGUUCUCGUCAAGUGGUUGGGUGACCUCCGGGAGGGCCGCUGCACGUACGGUUUCUUCUACAAUCAGAAUACUUGCUGCAGUGGACUGGAUCCGGGAGAACUAUGCAGAGAAUGGCGAGCAUGGAGCGAAGUAUUCAAUAUUCGCUAUAUUUUUGCGCAGUCUCUGUUGCACUCCUUCAUCUAUGUAUCUCUUGCUGUCGCAUUUGCAGGAAGCGCAGCAGUCUUGGUGAAGACCUACGCUCCAUAUGCUUUUCACACCGGUAUACCUGAGAUCAAAGCUAUUUUAGGCGGCUAUAUUCUGGAUGCCUUCCUAACACCAUGGACUCUUCUCAUCAAGGCCCUCGGUCUAGCAUUAGCGGUGGCCUCUGGCCUUUCCCUCGGUAAAGAAGGACCGUUAGUCCAUGUAGCGUGUUGCAUGGCUUUCCUUCUGUCGAGGUUCUUCAAGCAGUUCAGAAAUAGUGAGGUGCAAAAACGAAAAAUCCUGGCUGCAGCCGCUGCCGCAGGUGUAUCAGUAGCCUUCGGUAGUCCUCUUGGGGGUGUUCUAUUUGGACUUGAAGAAUUGGAUACCUUUGCAGGUGAAAGUGAUGUGUUGUGGAGAGGUUUCGUAGCAUCAGCCAUAGCCGCCGUUGCCUUGCAAUACGUAGAUCCUUUUGGGACCGGGAAACUUGUGCUUUUCCAAGUUACGAGUGUGACAGGAGAUACAUGGAGAGCCUUUGAACUUAUUCCUUGGCUUGGAUUGGGUAUCAUUGGAGGAGUCGCAGGGUCUCUGCUAAUCAAGUUCAACGUCGAGUUUGCCUUGUUUCGUAGAAAUUCGAUCCUGAAUGAGUGGCCCGUCGUCGAAGUGGUGGGUGUAAGCGCGUUUACCGCUGCUAUUAGUUACCUGGUUGUCUUCGCGAGAGCCCAGACGUCCGAGCUAGUAUCCAAUCUUUUUCAAGAAUGUGACCCGUCAAAAGGCGACUACCAUGGUCUUUGCAAUCCAACAGCAUUGUGGGAGAAUGUUUUUCUUCUGAUUCUAACAGCGAUCAUCAAAUUUGGGCUCACUGCUUGGACCUUUGGAAUGAUGAUCCCAGCGGGAAUCUUUCUUCCUACAAUCGCGAUUGGUGCAUGUCUAGGAAGAGCAGUUGGUCUAUUAACGCAAGCUUUGCACAAGGCAUAUCCUACGGCAUGGAUGUUUUUGUCUUGCCCUCCGGACCCUACAGUUCGCUGUGUUUCUCCGGGUUUUUACGCAGUGAUUGGCGCCGCUGGCAUGCUGGGCGGUGUCACUCGUAUGACAAUAUCUUUGGUUGUCAUUCUAUUCGAGUUGACGGGUGCACUUUCGCAUGUUUUACCUAUCAUGAUUUCUGUCAUGACAGCCAAAUGGGUUGGGGACGCCUUUGGGAAGGAUGGAAUCUAUGCUGUGUGGAUAGCAAUGCGGAAGUAUCCAUGGCUAGCGCCUGGUGAUUACAACGACCAAGGAGAGACCGGUGCCCGUAUUAUGAGGCCAGUAGAGAAGCUUGCUGUCAUUGAAGACGGUCAGUGCACUCCUAUGACACUCGGCAACCUUCUUAGUACAUCGACCUUUCACGGUUAUCCCGUUGUAUCACAAGGAGAGUUGAUGGGCUAUGUAACACGCGAUCAGUUAAAAUCAGUCAUAGAUUACCUCCCCGAGGAACAGCGAUCUAGAAAAUGCGUAUUUUACCCCCAAUUCACUCGUACACCAGAGGACAGUAUCAACCUAUCUAGCGUUCUUGAACAGUCCAUCAUGCAGAUUCGGAAGGAAGUCCCUCAGGAACUAGUCGUGAAGAUGUUCCAGAAAUUGAACCUCCGACAUAUAUUGUUUACUCAAGAGGGCAAGUUAGAGGGUAUGGUGACAAAGACAGACGUGGCUGCUUUGUUGACGGCAUGA